AUGAUCCCGGUCCCAGGUCUUUCUCCUGUUCCCUCUCUCAACUCUUCUCCUCAAGCUAAUUCGUCACCAAGAGCACGACAUCGAGCAAAUUUUCCAAAUAGGAGCAUCGUCGUUGCGUUCAAAGGCAUCCAACAAUCGCGAAUCCACCUCAGCUUCAGCUUCAUCGACAGGAGGAUGGAUACCACAGGGACUAUCUCGGGAUCGGAUAACACGCACGAGCUGCCUGUCUACAAGCUGCCCACAGAUAUUCUAUCCCACAUCUUUGUCCUCAACGCAUAUAUGGACCAGGAUCAAGCGGAGGUACUCUCAGAAAGUGUCUCAAAGUGGCGCCCGCGCGCCCUUACCAUGAUCCGCGAUGCCUCUCAGGUCUGUCGCUCCUGGCGCAACUUGAUCCUCUCCUCACCGACACUGUGGGGCAAGCUCAUCGAUAUCGACUAUCUCUCUCGUACACCAGAAGAAGCGGCGCAAGAAAUACUCUCCCCCGCUGACAACGCAGCUCGUUCGUUGCUCUCUCGCCUGCUAGAAGCAAAUUGGGACAGGAUCGAGAAGCUAUUGGUGCUCGUAUUCGAAACCGAAAGCACCGAGUCGGACCACUGGCCUCAGUUUUAUCUCCCCGCGCGAUCGUUGAAGUUAUUCCAGUUCUACUUCGUGCCUUACUUCAUCAUGAAAACUGUCCUUCCUUUCGACGGACGGAGGCUCUUUGAUGGAGUGGCACCGCAGCUUCGUUCCUUCGAUUUGGGCAGCAGGAUUGAAUUCAACCCAGGAGCCUCAUGGCUAUCGCAUAUUCGACAUCUCAACAUCGACGACGCCCCCAUGCCGCUCUCAAGAUGGCUGGAAGCGCUCAACGCUACAAAAAUGUUGGAGUCGCUCAUUAUCCGUUCCUCAUCUAUGAAUCAGUGGAGUCCUGACCUUGCGACUCGUCGCCUGGUGCGCCUUCCCUUCCUCGCUCGACUCGCCAUUAGCCAUCGCCUCUUCGAUGUCGCGGCACUUCUUGGUAACCUUGAGCUGCCUCCUCGCUGCGGAGUUGGUAUCACGGCCACUGGUCCAGAAUACAUAAACUCACCCGCCGACAUCGAUCUCGUCAAGGACGUCCUCAGCACCUAUGCCAAAGCAUGGACCACCUAUUAUACCGAGCAGCCUGAACUCCGCCUCUCUGUCUCGUCUCAUGGGUUCUGUGUCAAGCAGUCCAUCCGCGGGACGGAGAGGAAUCCGUUGUGGUGCUUCCGUUUAGACGUCAGUUGCAGCUCAAACCGCGAUCUGGACACCGUCUUACCCAACCUUGACGCGUUCGCCGAGAUCAAUUUUGACCACAUCUCCGAGCUCACUCUGAAUAUAUCGGUAUCUCGGACGAUGGACAUGCAGCUCGACGUCGAUCGCAACCCGGACGUCCCCCGAUUCAUUUCGCGCCUUCAGAACGUCGAAGGCAUGUACACAUCGAUUGAAUCUGUCGACACCCUCUCUCGAAUGACUCAGCACCAUCCCAUCCUCCUCCCAAUGCUUUCGAGAUUGAGGCUGUGGGAGAUAUACAGGAUUAGCGGUGAAUUGAUGGGGCCGGAGAACGUCCCAGCGCAGGUGCUCCUCGAUCUCACUCACUGUGAUGGCGUUCCUGAUUUAUCGUCCUUGGAUGACAUGGCUAAAGGGAUAAAAAUACGUUGGAGGUACGCGUAUGCGCGUGGGUGCAAACCAGAGUAUAUUUGUGGAUCGGGGAGACAAGACAUUCUCGCCGAUCUGUGCCUUCAUAAGGCUAUAGGUGAUAACGAAUCGAAGAUCAUGCACAAUGGAUUACCGCGUGAUGGGAGUUCGAGCAAGGGACACAGGAUGGGCAUGGCGUCACCAUUCACUUCCUAA